CUCUUCUUUCCCUUUUGUUUCUCUCUCUACUUUCUCUCACUUUCUUUCUCUCUCUGGAGUGUCCAUUCGAUCCCAAAGCUCUCAAAAAACCUCACUCAUCACUCUCUAUCUAUCUGUCUCACCCUCUCUGUCUGUGUGAUUCAGUCUCUAUUUCUCUCUCUCUCUCUUAAACUGGAAUGCUGUAACAUGAGUAGAGGGCGGAUUGGUAUUCACCACCACCACCGGUUAUGAAUCCCACCACCGACCAACCACCACCUCCGCCGCCGCAGCAGCCACCAUUACAGCCUCACCGCUCAUCCUUCAGCUGUGACCGCCACCCAACAGAACAGUUCACUGGCUUCUGCCCUUCAUGCCUCUGCGAGCGCCUCACCUCCUUAGAUCAGUCCUCCGCCUCCUCCUCCCGCCGUCCCUCCAACGCCUCCGCCGCUCCUUCCUCCACUGCCGCCUCCGCCCUUAAGGCCAUUUUCCGAGUACCCAUUUCCUCCACCACCACCGACAACAACUGCAUUAAAGGCAAAAGCAAACCAUCUUCUUCUGCUUCGUUCUUCCCGGAGCUUCGCCGUACGAAGUCGUUCUCUGCCUCGAAAAACGAGGGGUUUUCUGGUGUUUUUGAGCCGCAACGGAGGUCCUGUGACGUUAGGGCUCGGAGUACUCUCUGGUCUCUCUUCACUAUCGACGACGAACGCAAAUCCACCAACAAGAACGAUCAAUUGGUUGAAGUCGAGACUCGAAACGUGACUGGUCCAGUGUUGGAAUCCAAAGAAGAAGAGGACGAACACGGCGACCCUGUAGAAGAAGUAGAAGAGGAAGACGAUGAUGGUGAUGAAAUUAGGGUUUCUGAAGAAAUCGUAGAAGAAGAGAUCGUUGAAGAACAACAAGAAGAGGAAAUCAAGACGAUGAAAGACCACAUAGAUCUCGAUUCUCAGGCGAAGAAACCCUCCUCCGGCAGAGACUUGAAAGAGAUCGCCGGAAGUUUUUGGUCGGCGGCGUCGGUUUUCAGCAAGAAAUGGUCCAACUGGCGGCGAAAACAGAAGCUGAAGAAGCGAAAUAGCGGCGGCGAAUCGGCGGCAUUACCGGUGGAGAAGCCGAUUUCUCGGCAGUACCGCGAAACCCAGUCCGAAAUCGCCGAUUACGGCUUCGGCCGGCGAUCCUGCGAUACGGAUCCUCGGUUCUCCCUCGAUGCCGGACGGAUUUCUUUCGACGAUCCUCGCUACUCUUUUGACGAGCCCCGAGCUUCCUGGGAUGGGUAUUUGAUCGGCCGGACCGUUCCUCGGCUUCCUCCGAUGCUCUCCGUGGUCGAAGAUGCUCCGGCUGUUGUCGUUUCGAGGACCGAUUCUCAAAUUUUGAUCGAAGAGCCAAGGAAUUCCAUCAAUGGGGAUGAAACAGUUCCUGGUGGGUCAGCUCAGACUAGGGAGUACUAUUCUGAUUCGUCUUCGCGACGGAGGAAGAGUUUGGACCGGUCUAGCUCGAUAAGAAAGACCGCCGCGGCUGUGGUGGCUGAAAUUGAUGAAAUGAAGGUGGUUUCGAAUGCUAAAGUGUCUCCGGCGACCAUUGAUUACUUUCAAGGGACUAAAUUGGUUGUGGGUGAUAGAGAAUUGAGGGAUUCGAAUUCAAAUUCGUUGAGAGACGAUUGUUCGGAGACUUUUGAAUUGGGUUUUAGGGACAAUGCUUCGAUAAUUGGAAACGGAGAACGAAAGGGUUCAAAGAAGUCUAGUCGGUGGAGUAAGGCGUGGAAUAUCUGGGGUUUUAUACACCGGCGAAGUGGGGGUAACAAAGAUGAGGAGGAAGAGAGGUAUAGCAGAGGAAAUGGGGUUGAGAGGUCAUUAUCGGAGUCUUGGCAAGAGCUGAGAAGGGAAGGUGAUGGUGAAGUGAGAGGGGGGUUUAAUAGAAAGGUGUUAAGGAGUAACAGUAGUGUGAGCUCGAGGAAUUCGUAUAGCAAUGGUGGAUUUGGAAGUGUAAAGAAGUCGAGUGUUGAGGCUAAUGGGAAUGGUAAGAAGAGGAGAGAAGAGUUUGUUUUGGAGCGAAACAGGAGUGCUAGGUACUCGCCAAACGACAUUGACAAUGGGCUAUUGCGAUUCUAUUUGACGCCUAUGAGGAGCAGUGGUCGAAGAGGAGGGGGAUCGGGGAAGAGUAAGCCGACUAACUCACAUUCGAUUGCGAGGAGCAUACUGCGAUUGUACUGAGAGAAAAAAAUGGAAAGGUCCAAUUGUGUUAAAUUUGGUUUUAGUGUUUAAUUUUGAUGCAUUUGUUGUGUAAGCACACAUGCCUUUGUAUUCUUGAUGGUUGGUUGGUUGGUUAGAUAAGGGGUUACCUUGCAUUGUGAUUAUCAUGCUUCUUUACUUGCUCUCUUAUUAAUAACAGAAACAAAGUUCUGUGUCC